AGCUGAUUGCCGCAUCACUCUAACGUUUGACGACGGCCUAAUCCAACUUCGCGGUCGUGAAUCCCAAACCAGCCAACCGCAUCCUCCUGUCGGAUUCCAAACAAAGUGCGCUUUCGCCUACACCACCCCACACGGUUUCAAAUUGAAAUCAUCCAUCAUUGCAGCGCAGUCUCCUUGUCGUCCCGUCAAGCUGCCGCAUCCAAGUUCCAACCCAAAACACAUAUCCACUGCGCUGCGUGCUUCCUUCUCCAACUUCUUCCAUACGCACUUUUCUAUCCAUGUCAUGACGCGGGACACCAUGCGGCCAGCUAGUGCCGGCGGCCAUAGCUACAGAAAUGGCGAUGAUUUCGACCUUCUCGCGGGCCUUUGGGAAGAAGCCCGCUUCCCGAGGCUGCCGUGGGAUGCGCCGAGCGAGUUGAAGGAAUUGGUUGAGGAUAUCGACAACCCAAAGCGCGUCUAUGCCAUACAUAAGGCGAGCCGCCGCCACAAUUUCCAGCAGCUCGUGCAGAAGUACAUCGUGCAGCUCCGCGAAGGCUGUGACGCCGAAUACUGCACAACAUCUACCUGCUUUACUUGCCGGAAAAGGAUUGUGGGCAGGGCCCCCAUCCGUAGGUACAAUACGACAAGUGCGAGAAUGCUGGCGAUACACCUCGCGAGCCAGGACAACCCGGAGAACAGUCUCUGCCCCAAUCUGAGAUUGCCGAAGGCGCCACCUGCCGCCCUUAGCUCACUGGUUGUUGUGCCGAAUCCUAAAUCCCGAUUACGCGAUGAACUGGCUUCUUCUGCCUCCCCGAAGACCCAGGCCAACCAUAGCCGUCCGGGUUCGCCAAGGUCGAGCACUAAGAAUGGCUUGCAAUAUACCACCGUCCGCAGCCACAGUGGGACGAUGAGCGAAAACAGGAAGGAAAAGUUGAAUUCUGCCGGUCUUCGGAAUGAUCAAGACGCUGGGACACAGCAAUUUCAACGGGCCGGUUUCACAAUCCUCGAGGAACCAGUCAGCAAAGACCACCGCUCUUUUGCGGCAAACAUGUUUGGCACCGUUGCCUUCAAAAUGCUAGAGUGGCUGACGCCAGCUGCGCUAGAAGAUAUGUCAAGGAAAACGCGGGCCUAUAAUAAUGCCCCAGAGGAGCCGGGGCCUGAGGAUGUGACGCCUGCCACGCUCGAGACCAAGUCGGAUAAUGGAGCCAGACCCAGCCAACGGGCGCAAGGGACACCCAGCUUGCUUGCAGAGCCUAACGGCGAAUUGGUGAACGGCCGCGGCCCCUCCGGACAUGGCCAGACCGAACGGGAAGCGCCUGGGUCGAAGGUCAAGCAACAGCCGCACGAACCUUUAUCUGGCAGUCGCACAACGAACACACGCCGUAAUUCCAAUGCCAAGCUUCGCACAUCUUCUGGCCCAAAGCCGACACGGCAGCUGUCGAUCGACCCCUACGCCCAGGACACUUCUCCGGAAGAGCCCUAUGCGGCCAUGCUGAGAUCUCCUCGGGCUACUGGACCCUCCGUGGACAAGGUUUCGCGUGUCGUCAAGACGACUGGCUCAAGUCUCUCCCGUCCAAUUUCUCAGCUUUCAUCAGCAGGUUACUUCGACGAUGUCUCGCUAGAGAAAAUGCCUCCGCCGAAGACCAUCGAUCUAGUAUCAAGAACAAGCCGGGCUGCUGUAGAUGGAGUCAAAAUCGGCGGUUCACGCAGCCCGAAGACACCCAGUACCGGCUCUGGCGUACCCUCCGAAAAUUGCUGUAGCGACGGCUCAGUUACGGCGUCAGGCCAAGAGUCAGAAUCGGAGGAUGAGACUCUGCUUCCUCAGUCACUCUCCAGACUGGACGCAGACGUCGUCGACUUCGUCUGUGAUAUCAUACAGGAGGAUGGUACAGCUGAAAAGCAUAUGCUUGAGCCCCAAUCUGUUACCAGGUUCCACAACCGUCACGCAGGACAAGGAAAGCCUGCCCGGCGAAAGCAUCGUUCAGGCCGAGACUAUCCCCCAAAUUUGAGACUGGAGUGGAAGCUGUUCGUUGAACAGACCCUCUUCUACGUCCUCAGCGACCCGCAGCUGACUCUCCGGUCCUUUACCAAGAAGGGGCAGCUGUACGACUCGCAGACGCUAUGGUACUGCAUGCUCAGAUUGACCCGUGUGGCACCUAGCCUGGUUUUCCACAGCCUCUGGACGGCCGCGGCUAGUCUCUUCGCCCCCCCCAAGGCUCUGCAAACGCUGAGGUCCCCGACGACAAAGGUUUUCCCCACGAGCAAGCCUUCGCUUUCCAACCUGGAGGCAGGGCGUCUCAUGUCGAUAUGUCUGCACGCUUUGAUUGCCGCCGCACCUCUGGUUACUGACUCGCGCCAACUCUAUGACAUGUCGAGAAUUCGGUCACACGGCUUAAGCCUCGCGGGGAGCGGUGCGGUAGCCCGACAACCAACAGAGCUCUGUCUGCAGUACGAAGAUGCCUUCACCGAUGACAUGGCUCUGCAGCUAGCAAGACGGUUAUUCGCAGCCAUUGUUACGCGCCGUCAGUUCAAUGCUCUCAGCGAGUCUAACAUAGGACCCAACGAUGAUAAUGAACAGGAUGUUUUAACUCCGCUCUUUUCACAACUAGACUUCCUGAACGUCGACGCGGUUUAUAUUUUGGAUUUCUCGUUUCCCGACCGCGCCCUUCAUGAGACCCGUGUUCCGAUUCUUCUUCUCGAUUGGGCUAGAGCCGUCAUGCUGAAUGACUGGGACGGCUCGCCAGAAGUUCCUGGGGACGGACCUUUUGGCGGUGCCCUCGCUUUAAUUGAAGCGAUGUAUAAAAAACGGCACGAGCUACUACUUGCUGAUGCGCAAUUUCGUUCCGAAUAUUUUUCGGAGCGGCUGGACACCAUCAAGAUGCCAAUAUCAUGGCUGUCGCAUACCCCGUCGCGGCAGCGCUUGCACCUCCUCGAUUUCCCGUACAUAUUCAGUCCAUCGACCCUGGUAUCGUACUUUCGGUCGAUCAAUUUUUCCCGGAUGAGCCGUGCGUUUGAGGAAUCAACGUCUUUCCAUGACAAGAUUAUGGUCAUGUCUCAGCGGGUAGGCCUCACUCAGCACCACAAAGACGUGCUGCUGGAGCGCCUGCGGCCGGCAGGUUCGAAAUACUUGAUUCUCGACAUCCGGAGAGGGACUGUUCUCGAAGACGCGUUCAACCAGCUGUGGCGGAGGGAGGAGCGGGAGCUGCUUCGGCCGCUGAAAGUCCAUCUUGGAGAGUCAAACGGCGAGGAAGGCUUUGAUUCCGGGGGCGUCCAACAGGAAUUCUUUCGGUUGGCGAUUGCGGAGGCCCUCAAUCCCGAUCAUGGUGCCUUCACGAUUGACGAGCGCACCCGCAUGGCCUGGUUCCUCCCAGGCUCGAUGGAGGAUGAAUGGAGGUUUGAGCUGAUUGGCCUUCUGGUGUCACUCGCCGUGUACAACGGCCUCACGCUGCCAGUCACUUUUCCAAAGGCCCUCUACCGCAAGCUCCUUGGGGAACCAGUUACCGAGCUGCACCACAUCGCCGACGGCUGGCCCGAUCUGGCAAACGGCCUUACCUCUCUUCUGGAAUGGGACGAGAAAGAUGGCCGGGUCGAAGACGUUUUUGCCCGCACCUAUGAAUUUUCCGUCUCUGCUUUCGGCCAGCACAUCACGAGAGAAAUGAAGCCAACUCCCAACGACAGCCACCAUCACCGCAACCACGACCGCCGUCAAGCCGAAGAAUGGCCGCAAUUCGCCAGAACCGUCUCCCAGUCAUCCGUCACCCCAGCCCCGCAUGAUGGCAACCCCGCCGAAGACGAUGCCCCGCUCGUCACCAGCGCCAACCGGAACGCUUACGUGUCCGACUACAUCCGCUACCUGACCGACGUCUCAGUCCGCCCGCAGUACGAGGCCUUUGCGCGCGGCUUCUACGCCUGCCUGCACCCCAAGUCCCUCUCCCUGCUGACCCCGUCUCUGCUUCAAUCGGUCGUCGAGGGCGUCCAGGAGAUCGACAUCAUGGAACUGAAGCGCUACGCGCGGUACGUCGGCUGGGACGCGUCGCACAGGACGGUCAAGGAUUUCUGGAGCGUGGUCAAGCGCUAUGAUGAGGGCAUGAAGAGGAAGCUGCUCGAGUUUGUCACGGCCAGCGAUCGCGUGCCGGUGGGCGGGGUCAAGAAUAUGAUGUUUAUUCUGCAGCGGAACGGCGAGGAGGAGGAUCCUGCGGGGAGGCUUCCCACGUCGUAUACAUGCUAUGGCACAUUGUUGUUGCCGGAGUAUAAGGAUCGGGAGGUGCUGAGGGAGAGGCUCGCGAUGGCGCUGGAGAAUGCGCAGGGGUUUGGGUUUGCUUGA